AUGGAAUAUGACACAGCAAUCGAUAUUUGGAGUUUUGGCUGUAUAACAAUGGAACUGUUAACGGGUAAGCAAGCCUUUUAUUGUUUAAAAACUUUUUUUAUUAAAAAAACCACUCAUUUGAUUGUUUUUGAAUUGAUAAAAAUGUGUCAUCAUUUUUCGCAAGAUCGGAAUAGCGGGCUAUCACCAUUAUAUUUUGCAGCCAUUUGUACUAACUACUCAUCUGAAAGGCAAGCCAUGCCUAAAAACACACAAAUGCUCGUAAUUGCACAGAGGUUUCGUGAAGUGCUUUACAUGAGAAAAGCACUUAACACUUCGUAUCGCACGAGUAUGUGGAAGCACUAUGUAGAAAAUUAAGUCAUAGACAAAAUUACCAGUGUGUUGAUACAGGUUGCCAGAUUUGUGUCUAACUUGACCAGCUUGUACGUCAAAAUCAUUGUAAAUAAUUGCGCUUUGAUCACACCAUUUAAAAUUACAUAUAUCUUAUUAGUCGGAGUUGUUUAUGAUGUAAAGCACUAUUAAACGAAAAUAAGACUAAAGAACUUAUGUAAUUUUGGACAACGUCUGUUUAGGGACGCCAUUAUUUCCGGGAACGGAUGAAUUUGAUCAAGUGGCGUGCAUAGUGGAAGUUCUUGAUUUACCACCACCUUCGUUUGUUCGUAACGCCAGGCGCUUAAAUUCCUUUUUCUGCGAUUCCGGUCGACUACGGUAUCAUUCGGCAGAUCGGGAAAAAGCAAGUUCCUUUCUGGGUUUUAAAACAACGAUCCAAGUAUCUUCAUGCUUACAACCAUUUUGUACCUUUAUACAAGCCAUGUUAUAACUCCUGUUAAAAUAAAUAAUAUCGCAAUUUUAGUGGAAGUGUUUAUUCCUCAGACAAAGACAAAAUCUGAAUUAGCAUGCAUGUCUAAUGUGUGCCUGUUCUUUUAAUAAAAAACACACUAAAAUGUUUUGGAUAAUCAGGUGCUGUACCGAAUAAUUGCUGAACUCAUUCUUUCAUAUAUUGCAUUGCAACCUGUCAAGACAUAGGGAAGAGAAUGGUUAGGUUGUAAGCCAGGACACUGGUUGGACGGCCAGUAUAACCUAACGGCAUUAGUUUACCUACACGGCAGAUAUGAAUAUGUGCUAUUUCUACCUUUGAGAACUUACAACGGCUGGAAGUAACCUCAUGUAAACGACAGAGUAGUAGUGGCAGGAGUAAGCUCAGUUAAUUCUAAAGCGCUUUAUUUCUAAGCAGAUAUAAAGCAUAAUACUUACCUGUCCGCAAAAAUGAAGUGGAAUUCAUUUCCCUACUUUUUCGCCAAAAAUAACAGUCCCAUUAAAAGGAACCAGCUUUGGGAAUAUCAAUCUGCACUCUCUAUUAAGCAUAUUUAAGGGUACCUUUAGAGAAAUUAUAGGGAAUUAAGGCAUACGGCAUUUUAAAACCUUUAUAUAGACUUUCUUCUUCGUAUCUCACUCACAUCAGUGGUGAACAGUAAACCAAACAACGUAAAGACGAAUAAAGAAAUAAACUGCAUACAAGCUCGGUAUCGGACCUUUUAUGCUUUGGAUUUUUUCUAAAUGUAGACUUUAAUUUUAUUAACCUUAUUCUAGUGUUGGUUUAAAAUUCAUGGUGAAUACCGAGGUUAGUGGAAAAGAAGCGUUCGUUUCGUAAAAUCGGGAGGAAACGUUACUUAUUAGUUAAUGAAAACAAGAUAUCCAGAACGGAAAAGGCAUUAUCAAUCUUCUGCUGCCCAGGGUGUUCUUGUAACAUCGAGUAAAAUUUAUUUCGGGGCGUGAAAUCUUAUAUCUCUUUUGUACAUGCAUAAUAUGAGCAGGUUGGUACCCCUAAGCUAAAAAAAGCACAAUGUGCGUAGAAACGGCUCUCCUUUUGACUGCUUCCACCAGCACAAUAGAUCUACUGCGGUAGUCAGUUCCAUAGCUUAACACUUGCACAACUAAGAUAGAACAACUGAAUGACGAAAAUUUGUGAUAAUUCAGUAAAAUAUUCGUUACCAUUUGCUAUUGCAGUUUUGCUUUUCCGGAGCUUCAUUUACACGGACAAUACAAAGGGCGCAACCAGGAAGUCUCACUCUGGAAGUACUACUUCAACACUCUUUGGGAGAUGUGGAUCCAGACCUCCUUGACUUCGUCCAGCGCUGCCUUUGUUGGGUUCCCUCUAGUCGGCUUACCGCCAGUGAGGCACUGAAUCACCCUUGGCUACGCUCACUAAAGUCUUCAGAGACAAAAACGUCCGGAACCAUCGGCUCACCAGAGAGCGGCGAAGAUGCCGUCAACAAUACGGAAACAGAUGAAAAACGUUCCACCAGGCAACUGUCUCGUCCUGCAACGGAUCCUUGGUCAGUGACACGGGAAUAUUUUGUGGAAACACUAAUAACACCCCUUAUUAUUGUUGUUGAGAGCCCUAAGUCGAUUCGAGUUAGAAGUUCGUUGACAAAGUAAAUUGAAAGUAGCUUAAUAAUGGGUGGAAAGUUGUAUCAAAAGCUUACAUCUCGCCUCCUUCGUUAGGAAAAUCUAGUUUGGGCACUUAUGAAAACAAAUUUAAUUUGCUUUGCCCCCUUAUUUUUAACUUCACAUGCAAUCAAAACGAACGAAUGCCUAGCCACGUAGUCCUUUGAUUAUUUUUUCAAAACAGUGCAAAUCAUCUCUAAUAAUUCUUUGGAAAAUUAAGACACAGUUCCUUUCUCUUGUUGAGUAUUUCGAAGUUUUAAUGUUUCUUCUUCCUCUUUAGGUAG